AUUGGUUCGAAGGAAGUAGGCUCGGCAUGUGCAGAAAUUCCGGGAGCACCGACCGUCUACACUUCCGAGAACUUGCACGUCGUCGUGCGUGAACACGCCAGUUCCGCACCACACGCCAGCUUCGGGCCGCAAGUAGCAGCCAAUCGCGGCGAGGGCGACAGCCUGCUGAUUGGAAAGAUCAGCCAGAAUGGAAUCUCACGUGAUAAGCGGCCAGCAAGACAGGGAGCUGACCGCUUAUCACCAUAUCAUUGUCUUCUUGAAACGCCGCAUCACUCAUCGUCCAUCCGCGCGUAACAGAGGGAAGGUGGUGAACGGUUCAGAGCGGCACAGUGACCCCGAAGCGACACCUCUGGCCUGCAUGUUCUAUCACAGAGCUCCAGUCCUCAUCCAUUCUGGACCACAAUUUCUGGUGCGUUUCUCAACCGCAUCUCCGAAACCGCCGCCGCCUCGCGCGAUUUCAUGGUACCAGAUAGAACUACUACUGGCGUGUCGUGACCGUGACUGAUCGCGCUUCUAAACGAAUCACCCGCGACGCGAUGGACGCUACUAUUGAGGACAAGCCGACCGUUAGUAAUCAGGACUCCGGAUCCUCGCUCGAAUGCCACGACGGAGGCGGUGUCGCCGUCGACCGCGCAGCCCGUAACGACCCGCAUCAUGCGGCCGUCGUCCCGCCGUCGACUGAUAAUCCCCACGUGAUUGCGGCCGUCGAGCCGCCGCCGCGUGCGGCCGUGACAGUGAUCGAGCCGCACGCGCUGCUCCUGUCGCUCUCCGUGCUCCAGUCGCGCGUGUCGCAUCUGCAGGCCCUGCUGGGGAUGCUCGCUCAGCCGUCGUGCGUGCUGAAGGUCCAGGACGCGCCGUACGAGCAGGCGGCUGUAGCGGUGGGCACCAUGAUCCAGCAGCUGGCUGUAGCCGCCGUUUCGCUGCUGCCACCUGCCCACCAGGCCACCAUGCUGCAGACUGAGCCCCUGCUACAGCCGGCGGGAGCCGCCAACGCAGCCGACGCGGCGGGAAUCGUUGCCGCCGCAAAUGGUGCUACAGCUCCAGGAACGGCAAUCUCAUCCGUCUCUCCGGAAUCAAAGGCCGAUGCAUCUCGGGAGACAGCUGCCGAGCCUGGGGAGCCUCGGCAUGAGCCUGUUGGAGAGGAGGCGCGGGCAUCCCAGGCAGCACCAGUGACGACAGGCGGCCCAGCAGUCGAAACGCAGACUGUCACGGCCGUGGUCGGGAGGAAGAGGGGGCGUGACGAUGCGUGGGAUGAGAAACCUGUCGAGGGGAGCUGCGCCGGGGGAGCCUGUUACAAUGUGGAGUCCGGUCGACGCGGCAAUCCGUCCAAUCAGCUGCCGCCUCCAGGCGUUGGAGUUAUGACCAUUGCUGAGCAAUCCCACCUGGAGGGUGCGAUGGAAGCUGGAGACGAGGAGGAGAAAGCGGUGGAGGAGGAUUGCAUGGCACCUGCGAGAGCGAACCCCUGGGGAAGUUCUAACGGCAGUGCGUCGGAGGUUUUCAGCUGCCCGGCUAACGGCUGCCCAUUCAACGAGCAGCACCCCAGUUUCCGGCCGCUCAAGUCAAAAGCCUCGCUGCGGAACCACUACCGGCGGGCGCACUCGCCGCACCCGCUGCUGUGCUCGCAGUGCGGCAGCAAGUCGUUCUGUCUGCCGGCCGAUCUGGAGGCGCACAAGAGGCGAUGCGGGCCGAGGAGAUGGCACUGCUCCUGUGGCAACUCGUUCAGCCGGAAGGACAAGCUAACCAACCACUUCAAGGCGUUCCCCAGUCACCACGAGCUUGCCACCCAGAGCACGCUUCUCCCAGCUCCAUCGAAUGUGCAACAAGCACCCCAAGUAGAGGAAUCCGGUCCGUCCAAUGCAAUCCCCGUCGCAGGCGAUACACCUGCCGUUGAUCCAGGCCCCACAGAUCGGUUACCAUAUUAUCAUCACCGUAACAGUAUGGUACAGGGACAGGAUGGUUACGAUACAGCAGCAUGUGCUAAUCUACAUCCGACUCCAGCCAGCGUGGAUUCAAUCCAUGUGCCAUCCACUGGACCGUUGUAUAGGGAUGCUGUGAAUGCCGCUGAAGCACUGGCAGAGUCUUUCAGGCACAGUAGCAAAGAUUACUUAGAUUAUGCGAGCAUUAGGGAGAAAGAUUCCUUGCAUUUUAGAGAGGAAAUGGAGCAACCCCACGCAGUGGAGAGCACAUUUUCUAUCGUUGAGCUCUUUCCUGAGCUGUCUUGCUGAUGUUUGCUAAUGAUAUUUUGUUGAUGGA